AUGAAAACAUGUUAUUUGACAGGCUUUGGUCCAUGCCCACAUUUAAGAGUACUUCAUGCCGAAAAUAACAAGAUAUACUCUUGCAAGCCCUUCCAACACAUCAGGAGUCUCACUUCACUCAAUUUGAGGAGCAAUGUAAUUAAGCGUUUACGUUUUGGAGAAACUGAUCUCAUUGAACUAGAGUCUCUUGAUCUUUCUUAUAAUCGAAUCGAGAGUCUUGAUUCAAUCGAAGGGCUACCUAGCCUAAGAUUACUCAACCUGGACCAUAAUGACAUCGAAAGUGUGUUUAUAGAAACGCCUAUGGAUCGACUCAAGAUUUUGCGAUUAAGCUUCAAUCGCCUAAAGUCAUUCAACGGUUCUUUAUUUCCCGAUCUACGGACCCUUUACCUUGACACCAAUCAAAUCAAGCGAAUCGUUGGAUUAUCUUGUAUUCCUCGUCUUCACAGUUUCUCUGUAAGAAACCAAGGCGGGAAUGUAGUUGAUCUUAAUCUUUAUCACUUGAGGGGUUGUCGAAAAGUGUACCUGUCCGGAAAUCCUAUGAGACGGCUUACUGAUAUGGCGGAUUUCUUUACUUUGGAAUACCUUGAACUGUGUUCGGCCCAACUUGAAGAAUUACCGAAUACCUUUGCACGACAGAUGCCCAAUCUUGCUGUGGUUUACCUUUCCAGCAACUUCCUCACAAACAUUAGGCCGUUGAGAGAAUUGCGUUAUUUACGAAAAUUGGUUUUGCUCGACAAUCGAAUUUCCAACCUAGGAGAUACAGUGGAUGAUAUUUCUGUUUUUCAUCAUCUGUAUUACCUUGAUCUCAGAGAGAAUCCAAUUUCUCAAAAGUUUUAUCCUGCAGUAACCGCAACAACUAAACUCAAGUCACAGCCAAAACUAAUACAAUACCUUGCACCCGAAUACGACACAACCUGGGGAAGCAGAGACGAUGAAUUCCGAGAAAAGUUACCAGUACAUUGGCGUGUGCGGCGGGAUGGCUAUCGAGCAUCUCUAAUCAAAUACUGUAAAAGUCUGAGGACACUCGAUAAUAUGGUGAUCAAAGAUGAAGAACGGGACAAUGCAGAUGCUGCCAUAGACAACAUCAGGGAAUUUUCUAAAGAUAUAAAAAAAGCUCUUGAAGAGAAUGAAUAA